AUGGCUGCAGAAGCCUGUAUCUCAAAGGAACAGAAGCAUUCAUUCCUGCGGAACACCCAGACCUCCCUCUGCUUCUCAGAGUCUAUUCAAACACCCUCCAGCAGGAAAGAAACACAGCAGAAAUCCAACCUAGAGCUGCUCCACAUCUCUGUGCUGCUCAUCCAGUCGUGGCUGGAGCCCGUGCAGUUCCUCAGGAGUGUGUUUGCCAACAGCCUGGUGUAUGGUGCCUUGAACUACAAUGUCUAUCACUACCUAAAGAACCUAGAGGAAGGCAUCCAAACACUGAUAUGGAGGCUGGACGAUGGCAGCCCCCGGACUGGGCAGAUCUUCAAGCAGACCUACAGCAAGUUUGACACAAACCCGCACGACGAUGACGCACUGUUCAAGAACUACAGGCUGCUCUACUGCUUCAGCAAGGACAUGGACAAGGUCAAGACAUUCCUGCGCACGGUGCAGUGCCUCUCUGUGGAGGGCAGCUGUGACUUCUAG